AUGCGCACUGUUCUCAUAGUCUGUGGCAUUCUUCAGCUUUGGAUUGCUCUUAAACUGAGUUGCAACGAAGCUGUUAUGUUUAAGAUGACAAACGCUGUUUGCGAAAGCUAUAACGAGUCGUGGGUUGUUAUUCACAAAUGCAGAGUUCGAGCCAUCAGCCGAAAUAAGACAACAUUCAAUUUUAAUGGAACUUUCUUACACCCAGCCUAUAAAAUUCAUUAUCGCGCCGAACUGUUCCAAAAGGCCAAUGGCUAUAAGCCUUGGCUGGUAAAUGCCACCGUCGAUGUCUGCCGCUUUCUUAAGCGGCCAUUUCAUCCGUUUGCCAUACUGCUGGGUAAACUCUUUCUUGAAUUCUCCAAUUUUAACCAUACCUGUCCCUACAAUGGAACACAAAUUAUUGAUGGGUUUUACCUGAAAUGGACGGCCCUGCCGCAUACAUUACCAACUGGAGAAUAUCUAUUGGGCAUGACUUGGAUAUUAGAUGGGAGACCAACGUUCAUAACAAACGUUUACUUCAUCUUUACAGAGGACUUAACGGCGAAUCAUUGA